CUUUCUCUCUCUCUCUAAUUCUUGAAAUAAUGGAAAGUGAUCAAGAAUUGAAGUUGGUAGGGUUUUGGCCAAGUCCAUUUGUGAUAAGGGUAAAAUGGGCACUUGAAUUGAAAGGCUUAAAUUACACCUACAUAGAAGAUGAUAUUUUCAACAAGAGUCCUCUUCUUCUCCAACUCAACCCGGUUCAACAAAGGGUCCCGGUUCUAGUUCACCUCAAUAAACCCAUACCCGAAUCACCCAUCAUCCUCCAAUACAUUCACGACACGUGGACAGAUCACAACCACACGUUGCUUCCUUCUGAUCCACAUCUAAAGGCUCACGCACGUUUUUGGGCCACAGUUGGCGACCAUAAGCUAUUGGAAUAUGCUUGGAUGGCCAUGAUAUGCUCUAAAGGAGAAGAGAAAGAAGGAUAUGUACAGUCAGCAAUUGAAGUAUUGGGCUUGAUCCAGGAAGAACUUAAGAAUGAUUUCUUUGGAGGGGAAAGUAUUGGCUACUUGGACCUUGUAUUGGGCUGGAUUUCUUAUUGGUUGCCUGUUUGGGAAGAAGUUGGAUCCAUGAAGAUCUUAGAUGAAGCCCAAUUUCCAGUUAUUUAUUUAUGGGCCAAACGUUUUAUGGACCAUCCAAAAAUUGAGGCCCAUUUACCUCCCCGGGAUCAGAUGCUUGUGUAUUUCGAGAAGCGCAGGAUCCAACUUAAGCUUGCUUGGAAUAAAUGAAAAAUCUUGCAAUUAAUAAUAUUCUUAUU